AUGGCUAUGCGCAAUGUCGGUGUGAAGACUAGCCAAAUCAUGGACUAUAUGGUAAAUCAGUCCGGGUCUUAUGAGAAUGUUGGUUUCAUCCGCACGGAUCUGCACAACCAUAUUCAAGCCGAACGUAGAGCAGAAGUUGAGGAUGGUGAUGCGCAGGAUUCGAAAUCGUGGGCCGACUACGCAAAGUUUGGUGAUGUGUUGAUAUUUGACUCAACUUACAGAACCAAUGCAUACAAGAAACCUUUUGUCAUGUUGGCUAGUGUGACUAGCCACUUUAGGACCACGAUAUUUGCAUGUGUUUUGCUAGCAAAUGAGACAAUUGAGACAUACACAAGGGUUUUGGAAACAUUUAUGGAGGCGAAGGGCAAUAAAGCACCUGUGUCCGUACUGACAGAUGGGGAUAAGGCGAUGCGAGAGGCAAUCAGAAGAGUAUUUCCAGACGCAAAACAUCGAUUAUGUAAUUGGCAUCUUGGGAAAAAUGCUGUUUCAAAUGUUCACAUAAGUGGCUUUGCACAUGCUUUCAAGCAGUGCAUGGACAUGGAAACGGAUGAGACAAAGUUUGAGCAUGGUUGGACGACAAUGGUCGAAAAAUUUGGACUUCAAACCAACAGUUGGGUGUUGGAGACAUAUGAGAAGCGUCAUAUGUGGACUAAGGCAUAUAUGCGUGGACAUUUCUUUGCUGGGAUGAAGAGCACUCAGCGCUCGGAGUGUAUGACUGCUUAUUUCAAUCCCUUCCUCCAACACAAAUUGAAGCUAUAUGAAUUUGUUAGGCACUAUGAUCGGGCUCUUGCAAGGAUAAGGUAUAACGAGGCUGGAGAUGAUGCUGAAACAAAUAACACUUUUCCGAAAUGCUACUAUAUUCAUAAGUACAGAGUGAAGGACAGAUCAUGGAUAGUAACACACAGUCCAAUGGAUGCUGCAAUGAGAUGUUCUUGCAUGAAGUUUGAGUCGUUGGGGCUACCUUGCUGCCACAUGAUAUGUGUUAUGAAAGCUGAAAAUUUAACGCAAAUUCCCCCAACUUGUGUGCUGCAUAGAUGGACAAGGGCUGCAAGCAAGGAUGGCCAGCAAUGGCCUCAACCCUCAAUUGAUAGCACUACAACACAGACGGCCCGGUAUGGGAUAUUGUGUUCUUCCUACAACGAAAUGUGUUUCUAUGCCUCGCAAUCAACCACAAAGCGAACGUGUCCUAAGGUUCGGUUUAGCCGAACAGUGGGUACUAACUUAGAUGCAGAUACACCCCACAUAACUGACCGUGAGUACAAUGCGGAGUCAUUGCCCGUUCGCUGCAAAACUGGGUUGGUGGAUCCAAGUACACCGCACAUUAAGCAACGGCGACUAUUUUUCGAUGUUUCUCCUGAUUCCAAGCAGCCUGUGGGCCAAUACGGUAGUGUUGAAGCAGCAGUGUGGAAAAAUGAUUCGAACACAAUUGAUGAGGUGAAUAAGUUUUUCAUUUUGCACGGAUUGCUUGACUUGUCAUUUUCAAAACUAAUUGAAGAUGAGGUGACAUAUAUAUGGGUUGUCUGUGUAUUGUUUUGGGUGGGAAAUUGGCUUAUAUCUGUAUUCCAAGAUUCCUAUUGCGGGUUGCUUGUUUCUGUUCCAUAUUUGGUUGGAUCUAACUGA